GCGGGUUGCUCAUAACUGCACUCUUUGUUGCGUUUAGAAAAUGUUGGCAUGUUGCUUCCUUUUAUUGUACAAACUUUCCACCUCUAGAAAUCCCAGUAUUGCAAAAAAAUGGGUUGACACUGGGUUUUUGCUUUCUCUUUGAUUUUACUGCUCAUAAAGCUCUUCAGUCUAGAGGUGAUCUAAAGGAGAGAUGGCAGAUCGUCCAGAUGAAAACACAGCAUUGAUUAAUAACAAAGCCCACAAAAUCAGAAAUGGAAGGCUUUUCCUUGCUGUGUUUUCAGCUGUUUUGGGAAAUUUUAAUUUCGGCUUUGCUCUGGUUUUCCCUUCGCCUGUGAUUCCUAAACUUCAACUGGAGGAUGAUCCUCAACUGCGAUUGAACGUCCCACAGAUAUCAUGGUUUGGUUCAAUUUUCACCCUUGGUGCAGCUUUAGGUGGUCUCAGCGCUAUGAUAUUGAAUGACAGACUCGGAAGGAAGCUGAGCAUCAUGGUGUCUGCUGUGCCAUCCGUUGUAGGUCUCCUUGUGAUGGGAGCCGCACAAAACUUUUGGAUGUUAUUAUGGGGACGAUUUCUGACUGGCAUCGCUGGUGGUAUGACUGCUGGAUCAAUUCCUGUCUAUGUGUCAGAGAUUUCUCACCCAUCUGUGAGGGGAGCUUUGGGUUCAUGUCCUCAGAUCACAGCCGUCUUUGGAAGUCUAGCACUUUACGCUCUUGGUUUGGUUUUGCCGUGGAGGUGGUUGGCCGUGGCUGGGGAAGUUCCUGUUGUUAUCAUGUUGAUUUUGCUUUGCUUCAUGCCAACCUCUCCACGUUACCUCAUCAUGAAAGGGAACCGACCGAAAGCGAUUCGAUCACUAGAAUGGCUCAGGGGACCCAAUUCAGAUUACAUGACUGAGUUCGAGAAGAUCGAACGAAGUAUCAACGCACAGGGUGUUCAAUGGAGUGAUCUUAGAAUGCCGUUAUACUAUAAACCGAUCCUAAUAUCGGUCUUCAUGAGGUUCCUGCAGCAGAUGACGGGUAUAACACCAAUUCUGGUUUAUCUAGAGCCCAUCUUCCACCUGACCGAUAUAUCACUGAAACCAAAAUAUGACGCGGCAUUAGUAGGAGCUGUAAGAUUGAUCUCUGUCACUAUCGCUGCUAGUUUGAUGGACAAAGCCGGUCGAAAAGCUCUACUGUUAACGUCAGGAUUUUUGAUGUAUAUAGCCAUGCUCACAAUGACCAUGUACACCCACAAAACACCUUGCAACCAGGGAAAUUUGACCCUAACAGUCAUGAAUGAUAGCUAUGGAGCGUCUGUGGAUCCUGCAUUCAAUCCAAUCACUCUCAUCCCUCUCAUUAGCAUGAUGGUCAUCAUAUUCGGUUAUGCUAUGGGUUGGGGUCCCAUCACAUGGCUGUUAAUGUCUGAGAUUUUGCCUUUGGGUGCGAGAGGAGUCGCAUCUGGUUUGUGUGUGGGUGUGAGUUGGAUUACAGCUUUCAUUCUGACGCAACUCUUCAUGCACGUGGUGCAUGCCUAUGGACUCUUUGUACCCUUCCUGUUCUUCUGCAUCAUCACAGUAGUGAACAUUAUUUUCACGGCUAAAUGUGUGCCAGAAACUAAAGGCCGAACUUUGGAGGAAAUUGAGAACUACUUCAGGACUGGCCGAAGCUUCACCAUUCAUGAUCCUUAAUAUAUAUAAAUAUAUAUAAAUGGACAUACGUACAUACAUGCGUGUGUGUGGCAGAUACAUAGACAGACAGAUGAACAAAUAUUUCAACUCCAUUAUUGAUUUAUUUUAUAGGCUUCUGUAAAAAGAAUGUACAUAUUGUGUAAAAACUGAUUUUCACUUCACAAUUUGUAAAAUCUGUAAAUGCAAAAUACUACAUUAAUAUUUUUUAAGGACA